AUGGCAUCGGCUGCGAUAACUACGUCUUCUUCAGAACCAAGAACGCUGUAUUGGCCCCUUGGUUUACGAGAGACUCUCGGCUUGGGCGAUAUCAACAAAACAUUGUCUAAUUUUCCUCAGACUGCCACUCAUAUCAAAUUUCAUCCAGACUCAGCUGACUAUGAGACCCGUCGUACAACUCGCAUAUGUCAAGGCGGACUCAAACAAGAUGUUCCCGCCGGAUGGCCAACAACUGUUAGUGGUCCUCUCGUUUGGGAGGGUAGCAACUUCCACAGUGAUGCUGAAUUUGUCUAUCAUUUGUCGAAAUCCGACAAGAAUGAGAUCAGGUGUGCUCUCAAGCAAGUCAAAGAACACGAUUUGUCUUUCGACAAUAUCAAAGAAGAUACAUUCCCCCUUCCCGGUCUUCGAUGUCGCCUAGAGGAGGCCCGAGAGAAGAUUUACAACGGCCUUGGAUUCAUAGUAUUGCGAGGUCUCGACGUGGAUGAAUACUCCUCCAGGGAGUCUCUCAUUAUAUUUCUAGGCGUUUCAAGCUAUCUUGCUGCUCACAAGGGUGCUCAAGACCAGGCUGGAAACUUACUACGUCAGUUCAUCACUUUCCAAACACUCAAAAAACACGCAUCGCUGAAUUCAAAAAUCACAGACCAUAUAGUCGAUUAUGAUCGUGUUGAUUCAGAUGUCGAUCUACCAAUUCACACCGACAUUACUGCGGAUAUUGUAGCAACACUCCCCCUCAAGUCCUCCAAGUCAGGAGGAGAGGCCAUCGUCGCAUCAGCGUGGACAGUUUACAACGAACUUGCAACAACUCGUCCAGAUCUCAUCCACGUCCUUGCAGAACCGGACUGGCCAUUUGAUACAUAUGGACGAGAUCCAGAAUACUAUAACCGUGCUUUACUAUUCUAUCACAAUGAACAGAUUUUGAUCAAUUUCUCCCGCCGCGUGCUUACUGGUCACCCAAUCUCUCCGCGAACCCAGGGAAUUCCAGGUCUCACAGAAGCGCAAGCCGAGGCGCUCGACGCCGUACAUUUCAUUGCACAGAAACACAAGCUCACUUUUUCUACUGAGAAGGGCGAUAUGCGCUUUAUCAACAAUUAUGCGAUUCUUCACGGCCGCGAGGCCUACAGUGAUGAUGAUAUACGCAUCAACCUCGACAAAGCUGAGCGCAGAAGCCAACGCCAUCUUCUUCGCCUUUGGCUUCAUAACGAGAAGAUGGCUUGGAAACUCCCGCCCUCCCUGAGACUUGUUUGGGCCCGUACCUUUGAUGAAAAACGUCACCGUACCUGGGACGCAGCGCAGUACAUGUCACAGGAGAGGGUGUCUUCUCGAGGCAGAUCUCCAUCUCCGUCUCCGCCCCCGCCUCCGCGUCCCGGCCCUCGUUCUCCUAUCCCGUAUCCGUGCGACUAAGUUUGGAGUCUCGCAUCUCAUCUUACUGCAAUAUCGAUUAUAAGAUGAAACAUUUCGCUUAUGAAUUAUUAUAAUUCAGCUUUUUAAACUGCAAGACGUGGUCUCACUACUGAC